AUGCUUAAUCUUUUGGAAGUAUAUGAUAUAGAAAGUUCAGAAAUUCGAUCAGCGAAAACAAAAGAGGAACCAGAAGAAGAACCAAUUGCUCUUCGGACAAGAGGAGCAAAGAAAAAGCAAAUGCAAGUUACCACGAAUGAAACUUGCAAGUGGACCACUGGAAUUCCAUUCAACCCUCCGCAGAAAUUAAAUUGCGAAAAUUAUGAAUUUUAUAAAAUAUUACCGACGAUCGAUGACCGACAACCAUCCUUCUUAUACGCAUCCCCAGACCUAUCCGUUUGCAUCGGAGAACCCGUUCGCAUUGGAGAACCCGUUCACAACGGAGAACUCGUUCGCAUCGGAGAACGGAUCGCUCUGGGGAUGCGUAUAUAA